AUGGACGGACACGGGGACGUCAACAACGUCCACGCCGCCCGGCCCGCCGUGGAAAUCCGCCCCGACGAGGCGUACAUCGGCCGCUCCCACGCCCUCGCGGCCGAGGACGACAACGCCGAGAUCCGCGCCCGCUACCGCCCCUUCCUCCUGCCCCCCGCCGCGGCCGAGGACGACUGGGUCGCGGGCCUGGAGCUCUCGACGGCCCUCGCCCUCGUCGACCGCGAGGUCCUCUCCCGCGGCCUGCCGCGCCUCCGCAUCCUCGUCCUCUACGGCAGCCUCCGCGCCCGGUCCUACAGCCGGCUCCUCGCCCUCGAGGGCGCCCGGGUGCUCCACCGGCUGGGCUGCGACGUGCGCGUCUUCGACCCGGUCGGCCUGCCGCUCAAGGACGACGUCAGCCACGGGCACCCCAAGGUCCAGGAGCUCCGCGACCUGAGCCGGUGGAGCGACGGGCACUUCUGGGUCAGCGCCGAGCAGCACGGCGCCGUCACGGGCCUGUUCAAGACCCAGAUCGACUGGAUCCCGCUGUCGCAGGGCUCCGUGCGGCCGACGCAGGGCCGCACGCUCUGCGUGGCGCAGGUGUCGGGCGGGUCGCAGAGCUUCAACGCCGUCAACACGCUGCGGCUCUUGGGCCGGUGGAUGCGCAUGUUCGUCGUGCCGAACCAGAGCUCCGUGCCGAUGGCGUACACGCAGUUCACGCCCGAGGACGACGGCGGGGGGUCCAGGAUGCUGCCGAGCUCCAACAGGGACAGGCUGGUCGACUGCAUGGAGGAGCUGGUCAAGUACACCGUGGUGAUGCGGCCGCACCUCGACCUAUUCGGAGACAGGUUCAGCGAGCGGAAGGAGAAGAGGGAGAAGGCGGAGAAGGCGGAGAAGGCGGUCAGGAUUGCUGAGAUAUGA